AUGCAGCGCGACGGGGAUGCUGCGGCGGCCGCCGCGGCCUCGUACCGGGUGCUCAGCCGGCUGCUGGGCUAUGGCACCGGGCCGGAGGCGGGCGCGGCGGGCGGUGCCGGUGCCGGUACCGGUGCCGGCGCGGCGGGCGGCGGGCGGCUGCCGCCGGGGGCCGGGCCGGCGCUGCGCAGCCCGCGGCCGCAGCUGAUGGUUUUCCGCAACGCGGCGGCCGAGAGCCGGCCCGGCGAGGACUGCGGCCCGGCGGCGGCGGCGGCGGCGGCGGCGGGCGGGGGCGUCCCGGGGGGCGGCGGGGCCGAGCUGUGCCCGCGGCACCGCUGCGCGCUGGAGCCCAAAGCGGCGGCGGGCUGGGGAGCGGCGGCGCGGAGCGGGCUGGAGCUGCAGCUGGCGGCGCUGGGGCUGCGCCCGCCGGGGCUGGCGGCGAAGGCGGCGGCGGGCGCCCCGUGCCCGUGCCUCGGGCCGCCCGCCGGCGAGGAAACCAGCGAUGCGCUGCUGGUGCUCGAGGCGCUGGAGCCCGACGAGGGCGGCAGCGGCUCCGAGGACGAGCCGGGGUCGCCGGGGCGCGGGGCCGCCCGCGCCGCCGGCAGGACGGCGGGGACCGGCCCCGCGCCGCCGCCCGCGGGCACCGGCACCGGCCCCGGCGGCAGGAAGGGCUCGCUCCGCAUCCGCCUCAGCCGCCUCUUCCGCACCAAGAGCUGCAGCGGCGGCUCGGCCACCGGGGACGCCGCCAGCGCCGCCGCCUCGGCCGGGAGCCUCACGGAUGUGUGCGGGGCCCGCGGCCGGGAGCAGGAGCCGGGCAGGAAGCCCCGACUGACGAGAACCCAAAGUGCCUUUUCCCCGGUCGUGUUCAGCCCCCUCUUCACAGGCGAGACGGUGUCGCUGGUGGACGUGGACAUUUCCCAGCGAGGGCUCGGCUCCCCGCAGCCGCCGACGCCGCCGCCGCCGCCCCGCCGGAGCCUCAGCCUGCUGGAUGAUUUUGGCGGAUCGCUGCUGCCUCCGGUGCUCCUGGGGCCCGCUGGCUCCUCGCUGCAAAGCUUCCGGCCGCCGCCGCCGCCGCACGCCGCAGACGCCCCUGCCCGGCCGGCGCCGCUGCGGCCGCCCGAGGCCCCGGGGCAGCCGAGCGUCCCGGCCCGGCCCGACCCCGGCAGCUUCGCCGCCAGCCUCCGGGAGCUGGAGAAGUGCGGGUGGUACUGGGGCCCCAUGAACUGGGAGGACGCCGAGAUGAAGCUGAAGGGAAAAGCCGACGGAUCCUUCCUGGUGCGGGACAGCUCCGACCCCCGCUACAUCCUGAGCCUGAGCUUCCGCUCGCAGGGCGUCACGCACCACACCCGCAUGGAGCACUACCGGGGGACCUUCAGCCUGUGGUGCCACCCCAAGUUCGAGGACCGCUGCCAGUCCGUGGUGGAGUUCAUCAGGAGGGCCACGAUGCACUCCAAGAACGGGAAAUUCCUCUACUUCCUGCGCUCCCGCGUGCCAGGUCUCCCUCCGACGCCUGUCCAGCUCCUGUAUCCCGUCUCCAGGUUCAGCAACGUCAAAUCCCUGCAGCACCUUUGCCGCUUCCGCAUCCGGCAGCUGGUCCGGAUCGACCACAUUCCCGAGCUCCCGCUGCCCAAGCCCCUGAUCUCCUACAUCCGCAAGUUCUACUACUACGACCCGCAGGAGGAGCAGUACCUGGCCCUCAGGGAGGCCCAGCUCCUCUCCCGACAGAGGCAGGAGCCGGAAUCCUCCACGUAGCGGAGCCGGAGCGGCACCCACGGAAUUUGGUUGUCGCCCUCGUGCCGUGGUGGGAAGCCGAGCUCCUGCUGCUGCUGCUGCUGCUCUUUUCCCUGGAGGAGAGGGCCCAGCAUUCCCAGGAAUCCCAGGAAUCCCAGCAUUCCCGGGAAAGCCAGCAGAGCAGGAUUCCUCCUGGGAAAAGGAUUCCCGGCCCCGCGGGAUCCCCGCGGGACGAAGAAUGUCACGGCACUAUUCCCAACUUUUCCUGGAAGUUUUCGGUUUGGAUGUCUCUGGAUUUUUUUUAUUUUUUUUAUUUUUUUAUUUUUUAAUUUGAUUUUUCAGCAUGAGAAAAAAAACAAAAAAACCAAAAAAACCCUGGAUUUUCUGAUGCCACCUUGGGGAAUUUUCUGGGAAGAUCCCUCUGUUCCAAGGUUUUGAUCCUCGCUGGAGAGCUGCAAACGGAGCCAGGGGGGUUGGAAUAACCCCUGGGAAUAACCCCGGGAAGAAAUAAAAUAUGGAAUUCUCAGCAGCUCCACAGCUUCCCAGGAUUUUGGGAAAAAAACAGAUCCAAACCCUUCCAGGAUUGGCAGGAACAUCCUGGGAAAAGCUUGAAGAAGAAGAGGAAGGAGGAGCGUGGGAUGUGAUGGAUCCAAAGGGAAAAUUCCUGGAAGAUUCCCCUGGGAGGUGGAAAAGCUGCUGGAAUUUCCGGAGCUCUCCAGGGAUCCCAAAAUUUGGGAUGGGCUUUUCCCAGCCUGGUGGAUUCCAGAGGCUGGGAAUGAAGAUUUCCUCUGCUGGAGCAGCUCCCUCGUGUCCCUGGGAUAUUUUGGGAACAGCAAAUCCAGGAGAAUUGUGGAUUUUUCCCGAUUUUUUGGGCACAAAUUCCCUCCUUCACCCCUUUGGGAUUCCCGAGCUCCAUCCCCUGAGCAGGAAUUCCAGCUGGGAAUUCUGGAGGAAUUCUUCUUUCCCUGCUGUGUUUUCAAGGAGCAGCUCUGAAUCCAAGGAAUUUUCCUGCUGGAUCUGAGGAUUCCCUGCGAGCUGCCAGGACCUGUGUGGGAAGUGGGGGGGGGAUGAUGCCAAAUCCUGGAAUUUUUGUGGAUUUUCAUGG